AUGGCAAUUUGCGAACAGCUGACAUACCAAGGAGGGGCAGGGGUGAGUGGGUGGGCGGGGAGGAGCGGGGGGAAGGGGGAAAGGGGGGGGUGGGGGGUGGGGUGGGUGGUUGCAGAAUGGAAAGAACGAACCGGAUGGGAGGGAGGGGGAAUGGAAAGAAUGGAGCAAAAGAAAGAGCAGCACUCAGCUUACCCCAGCCAGCGGCGAAAUAAUAGCACGCGCUGCAGUGCGGGCAGCAGCAGGUUUCACCGCGCAUGCCCCUACCCCUGCUGCGCCCAUCCUGGCUUUGACCCUGCGCCUGCGCGGGAGCAGGCGCUUCAGUGGCGGAAGCUGGCGCGGGUGGGGCGGAAGGCGCGGGACCAGGCGCAGGAGGCGCGCUGGGCGCAGGCGGAGACGGGCCAGCGGAAGGGGGCGCGCCCAUGGGCGCGUACUGCUGCUGGGGCGGCAUCCCCGGAUGCUGCUGCGGCGGCUGCUGCGGCGGCUGCUGCUGCGGCUGCUGCUGCUGCAUGUGGGGGGGAUAACCCUGCGGAGGCCCCCCAGGGGGAGGAGGAGGUCCGCCCAUGGGCCCUUGCGCGCCUGGCGGAUAAUACCCCUGCCAAUGCGGGGGGUAAUAGUUCGGGGGAGGAGGGCCGGGCGGGGGACCAUAACCCCCUCCGCCGUGGGGCGGCGGGGGACCCCCCAUCGUCCCCCCCUGCGGGGGAGGCGGAGCUCCCCACAUGCCCGAAGGGGGCGGAGGGGGGUAAUGCGGGUGCUGGGGACCCGGGCCAUAGGCGUUCGGGGGGGGAGGUCCGGGGGGGGGCCUGUAGAAGGGGAAGCGAAGGGGGAGUGGGGGCGGGGGAUUGA